AUGGCGUGUUUGGGCCGUUUCCUGCCCGUGCUCCCGUUCCUGCUUCUCGCCGUCAUCACCACCACCAUCGCCGGGGUGGCGGCCGACGCUCGGCCGGCUACGGCGCAGGUGCCGGGGCUGGGGCUGGCGCGGCGGCUGGCCAACGGCGAGGGGGCUCAGCAGCAGUGUUGGGAGGUGCUGAUGGAGAUCAAGUCUUGCACGGGGGAGAUCAUCCUCUUCUUCCUCAACGGCGAGGCGUACCUGGGCCCCGGCUGCUGCCGCGCCAUCCGCGUCAUCCAGCAGAGCUGCUGGGCCACCGACGCCAUGCUGUCCGUCAUCGGGUUCACCCCCGAGGAAGGGGACAUACUCAAGGGCUACUGCGACGACGAGGGCGGCGCCGGCGGGCAACAGCACGAGCCGUCGCAGCCCCACGCUGCCGUGACCCUGGACUGCGUCGCUGCCUGCGAGAUCGCCGCCGCCGCCGUGCCCGUGCCCGGCGGAAGGAAGAGUUUGCCGCUGCACCAUUAG